AUGAAUAUUUCGGUUUCGAAUAUCAUAUCACUUGCUACAGAAAAAGCUCACGCUACGACUAUCGACCUUGAAAAUCUAGUCCUGCAGUGCGUGGGCAGGGCGCCGAAUCCACGAGAACCUGCUUCACAGCUUUUGGAUCAGGUCCUUACUUCAAUCGAUGCUGGCGCUUUCCAUGGAAAGGAAGAUGAUCUUCUUGCUGCGUGUUCUCUCUCGUUUCGAUCAGAUCCGAGAAAGAAGACUCGUCGAGAGACUCGAGCUGGGAAAGACAAACCGGUAGCAUCAGUGGACUAUUACUCCAAGGUUUAUCUAUAUACAAACUCGCGGAUGCCUUCAAAUUUGUCUCCCCUUAGAUUCUAUCCUGCAACAUACCCGCUUCUUCAACUUGCAGCCGAGUAUUCCCGCCAAGUUUAUGAAAAGCCUCGUGGGAUGGGGCGCCAUUCUUAUGUCGACUCUGAUUGGCGCCACGGCACCAAAGCAAUGUUGAUCAAGUCUCUACCAGUGGACAACAUGAACACAAUAGUUUUCUCAAUCCGCGGCACGCAAAGCUUCAUGGAUUGGGCUGUCAACAUGCAGAUGGAGCCCGUAUCCCCCAAAGGAUUUCUGGAUGAUCCCUCCAACUACUGUCAUGCUGGCUUCUUAUCUGUGGCUCGAAAGAUGGUUACACUCGUAGCUGCCAGAUUACGCGCACUCAUCGAAGACGAUCCCAAUCGCGUGUCAUACUCCCUUCUGAUCACCGGUCAUUCCGCAGGAGGUGCGGUUGCUAACCUGCUGUACAUGCAUAUACUUUCUAAUUCCCCGGAAGUCGCCUCUGAGCUUACCCACCUACGAGGCCUCUUCAAACAUAUCCAUUGUGUUACCUUUGGCGCACCUCCCAUAUCAUUUCGACCGCUCCUCCUACCCGAGAACCCCGAAUAUUCUCAGUCUAUUUUUUUUUCUUUCGUCAAUGAAGGCGAUCCAGUUUGUCGAGCUGAAAAAGGAUACUUUCUCUCAUUACUGGAUCUUUUUGCCAAGUCACCACCAGGAUCAAUCCUCUGCCCGCUAAACUCGAAGCCACGUCCUGGAUCGGCUAUCUACUGGUCCGUUCCUCACGCUACACUCUGUAAUGCAGGAAGACUGGUUCUUCUACGCGAUAAAACACACCUCAAUAAUCGACUAAAGAUACAUCGGCCUCGGGCAGAUGGUGCUCCUCCCCUUCCACCUCGGCAGGAUGUCGAGGCUACGGAAUAA